AAUGCUGGUCAUUCCGGUUGUCCACUAUCGUUCUUCCCUUCGAGCUGUCAUGUGGUCGACGAUGAUCAUGCGGUUCCCUGCACAGGCCAAGUCCCUGUCGCGCAGCGCGCUCGUAAUGGCUGGCAUGGCUGCGUUCACGGCCUUCUCGAGCUCUCCCUCUGCGCACUGCGAGGAGGAACAGCAGCCCAAAGUGGCGCUGAGCCCGAAGGAAUUCCGCUCCUUCACUGUGCGCAAGGUUGAGACCGUGAACCACAACACUAAGCGUGUGACCUUCGCUCUGCCCACACCCGAGCACGAAAUGGGCAUCACUACGCCUAGCUGUCUUAUGGCUCGUGCCAAAGUGGACGGCAAGACGGUCGUUCGCCCGUACACGCCCACCAACGUGAAUGAGGAGAAGGGCUUCUUGGAGCUCGUGGUCAAGGGCUACCCACAGGGAAAGCUCAGUAAGCACAUCGUGGAGCUCAAAGAGGGAGACUCGCUCGACAUGAAGGGCCCCUUCCCCAAGUUCAGUUACUACCCUAACAGGUACAAGAGCAUCGGCAUGAUCGCUGGCGGUUCUGGUAUCACUCCUAUGCUGCAGCUCAUCAAGACCAUUUGCCGCAACCCGGAGGACCGCACUGAGAUCACGCUGCUCUACUGCAGCGUCUCGGAGGAAGAUAUCAUUCUGCGUGAGGAGGUAGAGGCCAUGAUGUACCUAUACCCGCAGAUUUCAGUGAUCCACGUGCUCAGCAACCCGUCCGCCGAGUGGAAGGGCCUCACAGGUUUCGUCUCGAAGGAGAUGGUCGAGAAGUACAUGCCGGGGCCGUCGGACGACAACCUCGUGUGCGUCUGCGGUCCGCCACCGAUGAUGUACCACAUCUCGGGUGACAAAGCCAAGGACAAAUCUCAGGGCGAGGUGCAAGGUCUGCUCAAGGAGCUCAACUACACCUCCACACAAGUGUUCAAGUUUUAACUCUACAGGUUGACUCUCGUUUACUCGUUAGGUCUCGUACUGGCGAGGCAGAACAUCUAGAACGAAGGCAGUACUGCAAAAAGUACAAGAAAUGCUUACAUUUUAUGCGGUGCUGUUGAAAAAAGUGUGUAACUUUUUGCCGUUCGCUUUCCCCAGCAGCUUCGUGAGUUCGUCUAGUGGCAUUCGGCUGAGCUCGGCGAGAUUCGAGACACUCGCUAAGACCUUCCGGAAAUUGUGCUCGUUGAUGCCUGGCAACUUCUUGAGCACAUCGAUCGAGCUGGUGUUGUAGUAAUUUGAUGCCAGUCCACCUUCGCCACUGUUGGUUUGCGCUGCGCUGUCAUCCAUGGGUAAGCCAUUGCCUAGUGCAGCUGCAGCUUCCAUGUCGGGCUCGUCUUGAUAUUUCUUGACGAUCUUGAAGAGAUCCACUGUUGCAUGCGGCGAGCGGGACCAGAGGAUUCGCAAAGACGGGAAGUGCAGAAUCAACAGCGUAAGUUUGGAGACGAUGUUGGUGGCACUAAUCUCAGGACCAAUCUCCGACACGUCUUGAAGCGAGAACGCUUUGCCUUGAGUGAACUCAAUGAGCAGCACGGGUGUCUUGUAGAAGCGUCGCAUGCUUUCCGCCUGGUUAAAUAAACGUCCAGAGUUUAACGAGCCGAAGAGGUCGCUGAUGCUUUUGCGCUCUACACAAAUCUCUGGAGACAAAACGUAGUCUCCAAUUUCUAGUGUCACGGGGAGCACGAACAGUCCUUCUUUGUGGAGCAUGGACGGCAAUGCACUGCGGAACUCUCGAACGUCAACGACGACCUUAACUCCGGUGCGAUGAGACUUCGCACGUCCUCCUGUUCGUGUAUCCAUGCUGUACUCCACAGUUUGCUGUCGCAGCUUCAUGUGAAGCGGAAGGUCGUAUACAUUCGCAGGCAUCAUUAAGUGCGCUUUCUGGUGGAUGAGCUUGUCAAAUGAUCGCUUCUCGCGCUGGAUUUCGCUCAGAUAGGACUGCUGCUCUGUGCUUUCAUCGUACAUGAGGAAGUAAAUCUCAAGCGGGGCAUUGUGGGAAGCAUGAAAUACUUCCACUUCACGGAUAAAUGCCAUAUCUGGGUCGUAGAGGAUGAUACAGGACGGCAUAAUAUCCUCUAGAAAAGCUGAGGCGCCGUAGCCGUGCUCAGUGGCUUGCUCGUAAGUACACAACACAACGCUGUCCAUGGGAUCCACCACUUCAAGGGAUAAGUUCGGUGUUCCUGUUUGUUGAUCUCGACGACUUGAUGAAGCGUGCAACCGCCCAUCGAAAAACAUUUUCGACUUGCUCUCACGUUCAGCCUUUUCUUGAGCAGCAGUAAUGGCCUCAAGUUCUGCUGUCGAUAAGCCGAAGCUUGAUACUUCAGUGUUGUGAACUUGGACAUCACUGUAGCUUGCUUGUGACGAUUCCUCUCGAACACGUUUCUUCGUUUUGCUAGAUUUCUUCUUACUGUUUACACCGGUUGAAGGCGUCGCCUCUUCUUCAGUAUACAGUUCAUCCGUUCUUAACCUCGCAGCAGCCUCCAGCAGAAGUCUCUGCUCUAGUCCAAGCGACGCCAUGCUACCUCCUUUUUGCUUCAG